AAGGUGUCUGCCAUCCAGGACCAAUACGCUGACGCCUCCAUCGGCAACGUGACAGGAAGUAACGCCGUCAACGUGUUCCUGGGUAUCGGCGUGGCCUGGUCCAUCGCCGCCAUCUACCACGCCAUCCACGGCGAGGAGUUCCGCGUGGACCCGGGAACCCUGGCGUUCUCCGUCACGCUCUUCUGCAUCUUCGCCUUCAUCUGCAUCGGCGUGCUCCUGUACCGGCGCCGGCCCUCCAUCGGGGGCGAGCUGGGCGGGCCGCGGGUCCCAAAGAUCCUGACCAGCUGCCUGUUCUUCAGCCUGUGGCUCCUGUACAUCGUGUUCUCCUCACUGGAGGCCUACUGCCACGUCCAGGGGUUCUAACGUUC